GGUCAGAACUGAGAUGGGGGACAACCCAGGCAGAGAGGGAGCCCAGAGGAGGAGGUGCCAGAAGCCUGGACGGUCUGAGAAGUAUGAGCUGAGAGCAGAAGGCCCCACCAACAUGGGCAGUCUCGAGGACCGAGAAGACCUUGAGGAGGAGACGAACUCAGCAUUCACCUGGGAGGUGCAGGCCAACAACCGGGCCUACAACCGCCAGUUCAAGGAGAAGGUCUUCCUGUGCUGGCAGAGGAGGAAGUACAAGAGGAAUGUCAUCCACACAGCCAAGUACAACAUCUUCUCCUUCCUGCCCUUGAACCUGUACGAGCAGUUCCACCGCACGUCCAACCUCUACUUCCUUCUUAUCAUCAUCCUCCAGGGCGUCCCCGAGAUCUCCACGCUGCCCUGGUUCACUCUCUUCGCCCCGCUUGUCUGCCUCCUCAUCAUCCGGGCCACCCGAGACCUGGUGGACGACAUUGGGCGACACAUGAGCGACAGGAUCAUUAACAACAGGCCGUGCCAGGUGCUGAUGGGGAAAAGCUUCCUGUGGAGGAAAUGGAAGAACCUGUGUGUGGGAGACGUGGUCUGUCUGCACAAGGACAGCAUCGUGCCGGCUGACUUGGUCCUGCUGGCCAGCACGGAGCCCAGCAGCCUGUGCUACGUGGAGACAGCUGACAUUGACGGGGAAACCAAUCUGAAGUUCAGGCAGGCCCUGCCGAUCACCCACCACGAGCUGACCAGCAUAAAGAAGAUGGCAGCCUUCCAAGGCAAAGUGGUGUGUGAAGAACCCAACAGCCGGAUGCACCACUUCGUGGGCUGCCUAGAGUGGAAGGGCAAGAAGCACCCCCUGGACAGUGGCAACAUCCUCCUGCGGGGCUGCAGGGUCCGCAACACGGACACCUGCUAUGGACUGGUCAUCUAUGCCGGUUUUGAUACAAAGAUCAUGAAGAACUGCGGCAAGAUCCAUCUGAAGAGAACCAAGCUAGACUUUCUGAUGAACAGACUGGUGGUCCUGAUCUUUCUGUCCCUCGUGCUGAUCUCUGGGGCCCUGACGUUGGGCUUCUGGUUCAAGGUGAGGGAGUUCAAGGCCAAGCAUCACUACGUGUCUGCCAAGCACGUGCGUAGUGUGGCCACGGAGACUUUCUUCAACUUCUGGGGCUUCCUCAUCCUGCUCAGCGUCAUGGUGCCCAUGGCCAUGUUUAUCAUGGCUGAGUUCAUCUACCUGGGGAACAGCAUCUUCAUCAACUGGGACGUGCAUAUGUACUACGAGCCCCAGGACAUGCCCGCCAAAGCGCGAAGCACCAGCCUCAACGACCAGCUGGGCCAGGUGGAGUACGUCUUCUCCGACAAGACUGGCACGCUCACCCAGAAUGUCAUGGCCUUCAGGAAGUGCUGCAUCAGUGGCGUUGUCUACGGUGAGGCCCCAGCCCGGCACCCCUUCCCCACCGGGGCCGCCCGGCCCGGCCCCUUCCAGCUCGCCCGCGGCAAGGACCGCCCCGCCCCGCCCCGCCCCGGGGGCCGCCGCGACUGCCCUGGGGCCUCAGAGGACCCCUACCUCUGGAACAAGUUUGCUGACAGGAAGUUUCUCUUCCGCAACGCCGAGCUCCUGCAGGCCGUGCAGGCCAAUGAGGACCAGAGGGUGCGCGAGUUCUGGCGCCUGCUGGCCAUUUGCCACACGGUGAUGGUGCAGGAGAAGAACAGUGAGCGGCCAGACCAGCUGUUGUACCAGGCAGCUUCCCCGGACGAGGAGGCACUGGUCACUGCGGCCCGAAACUUUGGCUACGUUUUCCUGGCACGCACACAGGACAGUAUCACUGUGAUGGAGCUGGGAGAGGUGCGGGUGUACCAGGUCCUGGCCAUGAUGGACUUCAACAGCGUGCGCAAGCGGAUGUCAGUGCUGGUCCGCACCCCCGAAGGCUCCAUCCACCUCUACACCAAAGGUGCCGACACAGUCAUCUAUGAACGCCUGGGCAAGAAAGGCAUGACAGAGUGGACCACAGAGGCGGCCUUGGCCUCCUUUGCUGAGCAGACCCUGCGGACGCUGUGCCUGGCCUACAAGGAGGUGGACAAGGACGUGUACGAGGCAUGGCACCAGCGGCACCAGGAGGCCAGCAUCCUGCUGCAGAACCGGGCCCAUGCCCUGCACCAGGUGUAUGAGGAGAUGGAGCAGAACCUCCAGCUGCUGGGAGCCACGGCCAUCGAGGACAGGCUCCAGGACGGUGUCUGCGACACCAUCCGUUGUCUCAAGCAGGGGAACAUCAAAGUGUGGGUACUCACAGGGGACAAGCAAGAGACAGCGGUGAACAUCGGCUUUGCCUGCCAGCUGCUCUCAGAGAACAUGAUCAUUCUGGAAGAGAAGGAGAUAAUGCGGAUCCUGGAGGCCUACUGGGAGAGCAACAACAACCUGAAGGGCGACAAGAAGGACCAUCGGAGGAGCCAGCUCCUGCCACAGGUCAAGAUGGCCUUGGUCAUUAACGGGGAGUUCCUGGAUCAGCUGCUGCUGUCCCUGCGCAAGGAGCCCCGGGCCCUGGCCCAGAAGGUGACCUUGGACACAGAGGAGUCCUGGCAGGGGCCGGGCGAGGGGAGGAUGGACUUCCUGCAGGCCAGGCGCCUGUCCCUGCUGUGGCGGACGCUUGGGACCCAGCGGAAGACCCCCGGGCUGGCGUCGGAAGACAAAGACUCCAGUAGCCACGAGAGCCCCGAGGCGCUGCGGGAGCAGGCUUUCGUCGAGCUGGCCUCUCAGUGUCAGGCAGUCAUCUGCUGCCGGGUGACGCCCAAGCAGAAGGCCUUGAUUGUGGCGCUGGUCAAGAAAUACCAGAAUGUGGUGACCCUGGCCAUCGGGGACGGCGCCAACGACGUGAACAUGAUCAAGACUGCGGACAUCGGUGUGGGGCUGGCGGGGCAGGAGGGCAUGCAGGCGGUGCAGAACAGCGACUACGUGCUGGCCCAGUUCUGCUUCCUGAAGCGGCUGCUGCUGGUGCACGGACGCUGGUCCUACGUGCGCGUCUGCAAGUUCCUGCGCUACUUCAUCUACAAGACGCUGGCCAGCACGAUGGCCCAGAUCUGGUUCGCCUUCUACAGCGGCUUUACCGCCCAGCCUCUCUAUGAAGGCUGGUUCCUGGCGUUCUUCAACCUGCUGUACAGCACCCUCCCGGUUCUCUACAUUGGGCUCUUUGAGCAGGACGUGAGCGCUGAGCGGAGCUUGGAGCUGCCCGAGCUGUACGUGGCGGGUCAGAAGGACGAGCUCUUCAACUGCUGGGUCUUCCUUCAAGCCGUCGCCCACGGCAUGGCCACCUCCCUUGUCAACUUCUUCGUGACCCUGUGGGCCACCUGGGACUCGGCCGGGCCUGUCAGCUUCAGCGACUACCAGUCCUUCUCGGUGGUGGUGGCCCUGUCGGGGCUGGUGUCCAUCACCACGGAGGUCAUCCUCAUCAUCAAGUACUGGACAGUCCUGUCCGUGCUGUCCAUCUUCUUCAGCCUCUGCUUCUACACGGUCAUGACCUGGGCCACCCAGAGCUCCUGGCUCUUCACAAUCUCCCCCAAGACCUUCCCAUUUCAGUACGCUGACCUCAACGUGCUAUCCCAGCCCCCCGUCCUGCUGGUGAUCCUGCUGAAUGUGUCACUGAGCACCCUGCCCGUGCUAGCUUUCCGCGUCAUCUACCAAGCCCUCAAGAAGCCGCGGCCCAAGGAGGAGGAGGAGGAGGCGGCCCCAAGUGAGGAGAUCAUCACCGUGGAGCCCAUGGCCUUCAUUCACCGGGAGUCUCGGGCCCGGCGAUCCAGCUAUGCCUUCUCCCACCGGGAGGGCUACGCGGACCUCAUCACGCAGGGCACAAUUCUGAGGAGGUCACCAGGAGUCAACAGCGACAUGCUGGUUGACCACACGAUGCCAUCUGAUGAACUGUCCACGAGCACCAAGGAGUCACCCUGGUGCCCCAGGAAGAUGUCGUUCCUGGGGAGGAAGAAGCACCAGCACUGGGGGCAGGUGCCCUCCGCGGAGGUGCAGCCUGCCUCCGAGGCGAGCUCGUCCACGACUGUGGACAGGCAGCCCUUUUCUCAGGAGAACCAGUCCUCUCCCACUGAAAGCUCGGCCCUCACCCUGAACCGCCAAUCUGGGUCUUUCCAGGAGAAGCUGCUGAAGAGGCAGGAGGGGUCACUAUCAUAUGAGCAGUGGCCACAUUCUCCUCCUGAGAGUCUGCCACCAACCAAGGAGAGGCCACCUUCCCUUCAGGAGAAGCCACUGUCCCCCAGGGAGAGCCAGGUGACAGCUGAGAACUAGUCACUGCCUUCCAGCCAGCCGUCUUUGAAGAGCCAGUAUACCCCUGCAGAGAAGACAUCCGUCUGGAUGUUCCCGAAGCUGUCCUGGAAGGCCCGGGCACACAGCUGGCAGGAGCAGCCCAGGCUCCCCGAGGAGGGGACGGUGCCAGUUCCCAACUCGACCUUCACUGCUCUGGUGGAAAUGCUGCCACCAAACGUGGGAGAAUCAUCCACAAAUGAGCAGCCGAUGAAAGCGGAGCCCUCGCCGGUGGAGAGGCAGCCGUCACCCAGGGAGGGGCUGCCCGGGCUGGUGGGGAGCCAGGUUCUACCUGAUCCGGCAGGACAGCCGCCCUCGCCUGAGGAGGAGCAGUGACUGCCCAGGCCUAGCAAGUGUCACCCAGCGAGCAUGAGGCCUCCGCCCGAAGAUGGGACUCCACACGCUUUUCUCUGUCUAAUAAACCAGGGUCCGUCUUACC